AAUGCAUCUACACCAAACACUUAUGCCUGGAUGGGAGACAGAUACACUUGGAAAUUUAUGACCCUUGUUCACAGCCACAGCGGGGGAAGCUCUCCCUCACAGACGAGCUCCACUGGGCUGAUGGAUUUAUCAUUGUUUACGACAUCAGUGACAGAGCAUCAUUUGCAUUUGCAAAAGCAUUGCUGUACAGGAUCCGAGAGUCUCAUCUAGGAGCUUGUAAAAAAAUGGUUGAGUCAUCAGUAUUUUUGGUUGGUAAUAAACAGGAUUUAUGCCACAUGAGAGAAGUUGGCUGGGAUGAAGGACAAAAGCUGGCCAUGGAUAACAAGUGCCAAUUCUGGGAACUGUCUGCAGCAGAACAUUGUCAGGAGGUUAUGUCAAUGUUCACAAAAGUCCUGAGGAAUAUCACCUCAAAUUUCAAAGUGAAGGAAAAGAGACGACCAAGUGGAUCAAGGUCAAUGGCCAAGUUAAUCAACAAUGUAUUUGGAAAGAGAAGGAAAUCUGUGUAA